UAUAUUAUUUUGCAUUCAUUUCCUGGAAAUUGAGUAAGAAUUCGGAGGAUGACUAAGUCUAUGUGAGCAUUCUCUUGUUUGUGCUAUUGCAGGCUCAAUAGAGGGUUGAAAACAUAAUACAUAAUAUAUUAUUUUGCAUUCAUUUCCUUGUAAUAGGUGUUCUUACUUCCAUAUCUCAAGGCAAAAGCAUCUAUUCAUCCUCUAAAUUUCUACCACAAAGAGAAUUGCACAAAUUGCAGACCUUCCCUCGACUCAAAUCUCACCGACUCAAGCCCGAGGCGCACGCCGUACAGAACAAGAGACGCCCCGUACGCCACCCAAGUCGUCCCGUGAAGCCCGAACUGGUUCACCGUGCAACCCACGAUCACAUUCCCGAUCAGAAAAUUCAAAACGCCGAAAUCGUCCCUGACGCCCACGCACGCCAGGUUGGCCACCCAUGCCACCGCCAGUUGGAAUUUGAGAAAGAAACUUCUUGGGGAUUUACAACUUUGACAGUUUCUGUGAUGUUGAGAUUGAGGAAGAAACUUCGUGGGGAAAGACUAAACUUCACUAUACCUACACUACCUUCCCUCGACUCAAACCUCACCGACUCAAGCCCAAGGCGCACGCCGUACAGAACAAGAGACGCCACGUACGCCACCCAAGUCGUCCCCCCAAACUGGUUCACCGUGCAACCCACGAUCACAUUCCCGAUCAGAAAAUUCAAAACGCCGAAAUCGCCCGCGACGCCCAAGCAUGCCAUAUUUGCCAGCCAUGCCACCGCCAGAUACAGAAACGCCACAACAUGCCCGAACGUGGUCAGCCUGAAAAAAUUCUGGAAUAAGACGGUCCCCACCAUCCCCACCCCAAACCUGACCAACUUCCCGACCCUCCUCCCCAUAAACGCCGACAAAGCACGCGACCCCUUCUCGGCCAAUGGCACCAGCUCCAGGAAGCAAACAUCCAUAGGGCCCUCCUCCGCUGACGUGGCCAUGAAGGGCUCAAUCCCGAGGGCCCCCGCACUCAACGGUCAUGUGAAUCCCCACGUUUAUGUUUCCGUUGGCCGUCAAGUAGUAGUCGGCAGCGAUGAUGAGCAAGAAGUUGAGGAUGGUGAAAAUAUGAAGCGGCUGGCUAGGGUUUUAAUCAGGGGCGGGAAAAAAUGGAGGCGGGCCGAGAGGAGGAGCGUGGCAGAUAGGGCGGGCCCGCAAAGGAAGGCAUUUCCGAUUUGGGCCUCGUCGGGCGGGGAGUACUUGGCGGCAAGGCAGAAGAGGGCGCGGCGGUCGACUGGGAUUUUGAGGCGGGGGCGGAGGAUGAGGGCAAAAGUGGAAGAGCAGCAGGUGGAGGUGGCGAGGGAGUGCUUGAGGAGGGACAUGAAGGCCGGGUGGACAGAGUCGGAAAGGUCGGUUCUGUCCAAGGAGUCGAGGCCGAGAUGUAGGAAUGUGAUGCCGAUGAGGGGCCAGAACCAGAAGUACCACCAGGCUGGGAUUUCCAUUGAUGAUUCUUGUUCUUGGGGAACAUUUGACUCGACAUUUUCUUACAAUGGAAGGGGAAAUGUAGUC